UAAACUUGUACCCCAUGUAUAAUCCACAAACAUUGUGGGUUACACAUGGGGAACACGUGCGCUUCCCCCCAAGUGAAAAGACGUUAUUGGAUAUCGAGGCAGUUCUGGAAUUGUACCAGCACCCUCGAUAUCCCAAUUUCAAUCUUCCGAAACCAACAAGAUCAAAAGUACCUAGACGGAAACCCAUACAAAUGCAAGGAAGAAUUUUAUAAUUUAAGUUAAAUAUUGUAUUGAAAAUUUCAAAUUAAGCGUUACAUCACAAAUGAAUCUACACAAAGUCAAGAUUAGUCCUGGAGUUGCAUUUUUCUUAAAAAUGUAUCAAAGUAAGAAUUUCAAGUUUCUAGUGAUUACCUGUAAUAAUUUUUUGUUUGUAACCAGUAGACGUUUCAACGAUCAUCUAUCAUUCAAGCAGCAGGAGUCACGUAGUCAAAAUGCAUUGUACAUAGCGAGUUCAACCACAGUAUUUUUGUUGACUUUUUUCGUGUUUGACAAAGUCGUUAUUGGAUAUCGAGGCAGUUCUGGAAUUGUACCAGCACCCUCGAUAUCCCAAUUUCAAUCUUCCGAAACCAACAAGAUCAAAAGUACCUAGACGGAAACCCAUACAAAUACAAUGAAGAAUUUUAUAAUUUUAGUUAAA